GCCAGAUGCGGAACUUCCAGUCAUCUUUUUUUGUCUCCUUCUUUUUCGUUGCGCGUGACUUUUCGUCGAGCGAACCUUGAGCGCAUCUUUCUCUGAGCCGGAGCGCUCGUUUUCUUCGAGAGCAUCAUGACCCAAACCCCUCACCCAGGCUGCACAUCGGCGACAUAAUGGCAUUUCGGAGCGCGUGCUGCUGCGGUUCGGCUCCAAUCAAUGAAGACAAUGCGAGAUUCCUGCUGCUGGCCUUGUUCAUCGUGGUCUAUCUGCUAUGCGGAGCCGCCGUGUUUUCCGCCCUGGAGCAGCCCAAAGAGAGGGAGGCCAAGGAGCGAUGGGCGCACAGCUUCGAGCUCUUCAGGCAGACUUACAACCUGAGUCAGAAUGAGCUUCACCGCUUCCUCAGGAACUACGAGGAAGCCAAUGUGGCAGGAAUCCGAGUGGACAGCAUCAGACCUCGCUGGGACUUCACUGGGGCUUUUUACUUCGUGGGAACAGUGGUUUCUACCAUUGGCUUUGGGAUGACCACUCCUGCCACAACCGGAGGGAAAGUCUUUCUGAUGUUCUAUGGGCUCCUUGGAUGCGCAGCCACCAUCCUCUUCUUCAACCUCUUCCUGGAGCGGGUCAUAACUGUCAUCGCGGUCGUCCUCAAAUCCUGCCACGAGCACCGCCGCAACAAGGCUCAACUCCCCCAAAAUGGUCAAGGGGUCCGUGCAAGGUCAAGUGGAAAAGGGGAGGAUCUUGCUGGCUGGAAGCCUUCAGUCUACUGUGUGAUGUUCAUCCUUGGAGCGGCAGCUGUUUUGGUGUCUUGUUGUGCCUCGCUCAUGUAUUCUGCGGCCGAGGGCUGGAGCUACUUGGACUCGCUCUACUUCUGCUUCGUGGCCUUCAGCACCAUCGGCUUUGGAGAUAUGGUGAGCAGCCAGCGGCUCGUCUACGAGGGCCACGCUACGGCAGCGUACCAAAUGGGAAACUUCUUGUUCAUCCUGACGGGCGUCUGCUGCAUCUACUCCCUCUUCAACGUCAUCUCCAUUGUCAUCAAGCAGGUCCUCAACUGGCUGCUGAGGAGACUCGAAGCCACCUGCCGAUGUUGUUACUCCAGAGGGGGUCACCACCCACACCGGCACCCCCGUCGGAACGUGGUGGCCCCGGGGCACUUGCGAGCCCGCAGUGAACCGUCCAUAGAGACUGAUGCCAUCAAUGAAAGCGAAACUGAUGCUGGGCGCAGGAUGUCUGGAGAGAUGAUCUCUAUGAGAGACUUUCUCGCAGCAAAUAAGGUCAACUUGGCUAUCAUGCAGAAGCAGCUUUCCGAGAUGGCGAUAGGAAACCCACGCCAGUCCGGCUCCACUUCACAUCAUAACGGCUUCUCCGGGGGAGUGGGGGCCCUCGGUAUCAUGAACAACCGGCUGGCGGAGACAAGCGUGGACAGAUAGGGAGAAAUAAAGUGGAUCCAAGUGGAUACAAAACAGUGUGAGGAUGAGCCUAGAAUGAAAUACUGUAAUCAACAAAGAUCUAUGCUUCCCUGGAGAUCUGAAUACUGCGCAUUUUCCAUUAACAUGUGUAGACUCAAACAAUAUGAAUUAUGCAUGAUAGUUUGCUGGAAUCUUACAUAUGGGCCAGGCUAAGUACGGUGGGAUGUUCAUCAUGUGGAAUUCAGUUUCUAUGGUGAUGGAGAAGUCCACUUUGUUCCCCUGUACCUAAGCUUUAAAGGUUUAUUUGCAAUAGCGGACUGCACGGCUGACUUCCACUGCGCGUAAGUGCUUUACAGAACAGUACAUUCACUGUACAGUAUCUCGUGUCCAUUGCUGUAAACAUAGAUGGGAGAAAAGUGGCUUCAAUAAAGUGGCUUUU